AUGUCAUUUUCGAUAUUCUUCCUUCUCAUCCUCACAAUCUCCCUAAUUUCCGCUCAAAAUUGCCCUCCCGGUGUCUAUUGUCCUUAUGGUACACCGUGUUCCAGCAACCAGGAUUGUCCCGCAAAUGAGUUUUGCUACGAUGGGAUUUGUGAGGACUUGCCGACUAUAGUUUGUACUUUGGAUAAUGCAAGUGUCGAGUGUCAACCUAAUCAAUAUUGUUAUGUGAAACCGGGGCAUACUUUUGGGCAGUGUAGAGAUCGUUAA